AUGGCUGGAUACCAACUCAACACUUAUCUGGCCGUCAGCAUCACAUGGGUCGCUGCGCUGCUUGCUCUCAUUGCGAGAGUGAUUGCACGACGCAUGACAAAGAUCCAUUGGUGGUGGGAUGACUACCUCUGCUUGGGGGCCUUUGUGUUUUGCUGUUUCUACUGCAUCGUCUUGAUAACAUGGACGGUCAAGUGGUACAUGGGACAAACACUUGAGCCAUGGCUGAGCGAGGAGAAGAGAGAAGACAUUCUGCUUCACUCAAGAUUCAUGCAGUUCCUCGUCUCUCUUAGCUACAGCUACGCCAUCGGCCUAUCCAAGUUGUCGAUUCUUCUUUUCUACUGGCGCAUCUUUAAGCAAUCCGCCAUCCGAAUCCCCAUCCAGAUUAUGCUUGUAAUCACAGGCAUUUGGCUCGUCCUCCGUACUUUCAUGGUCAUCUUCCACUGCGUCCCCGUGCAAGCGUACUGGGACCAUUCUAUUAAGGAUGCCACCUGCAAUAUCAACGACACACAGUUCUUUUUUGGAACUUGUCUGACGCAUUUUGUGAUGGACGUCAUCAUCUUGGCUCUUCCCGUUAUCGAGGUCUUCAAGCUGCGUCUUCGGCUGGGGCAAAAAUUCGCCAUUACGGCUCUCUUUAUUGUUGGUUUUAUUGUCUGCCUCGCUUCCAUGUUUGUUAUUAUUGAAUCGAUCCGAUACGACACAAAGACAACACAGAUGCCGCGAGAUAUGGCCCUCAACGACAUUUGGGGCUGCGUCGAGAUUAAUAUCGCCAUCGUCUCCGGUUGCUUUCCCUUACUCCGACCCAUCUUCCGCCGUAUCCUACCCUCGUCCUUCCUCAGCUCUACCGGCAGCAGCCAUCCCAUCAGCCGAUCCACACACGCCAUCCGACUCACAACCCUCAACAGAACAAACAAAGAAAAGGAGAUUGACGAGUCGAGUUCCACACACAACCUCGCAGACCCAGAGCACGGGCUGGCAGGCACAUCAGAGUUCGAGACGAUCGACAACAAGGAGGGCAUCCAGACUGUGAUAACGAGCCAGAUGCAGGGCUCCCGUCUAUCCCGAGACCACGGCGAUGCGGGCAUCUACGUCCGAAGCGACAUGGUGGUGGUGGAGGAACAUACUUAUGCAAUGAAACGAUAA